UGCUGGGAAUGGUAGUGCCCGUCCGAUUCGUUUGGCGUAAUUCUUGGCAAACGUUGAACAUCAUCGGUGGUUGUCCGGAAACGUGCAGUAACCGUAAUAAAUCUCGGCCAGGAUGGUCCAGAUGGAUUGGCGGCGGAUGUGCCGCAAAAAGCGCAACAUUCCGCAGGGUGGUGCUAUUCUGGAUCAAGUGAUUUCGCAGAGUGCCCUGGCUUCGAAUACCUGCUUGCUGUACAAGAUGGCGAACUAUAAGCAUGGCGGAGAUUUGAUAAAUGCGUUUCAGGUCGGAGGGCAGAAGGCAGUUGAGCAGUUGAUCCGUGAGCAGUUUGGUGUGUUCAUGUAUAACAAUGGCCGGGGACAGAUUAUUAAUCGGGCCGAGUAUCUUCGAUGGAAGUAUAUGGAUAAUCAUGAGGUGGUCAUUCCAAUCGAGGCCUCCCUAUCCCCGCACGACCCGCUCGGAAAAUGGGUGGACCACAAGGCCUGCUGGCAGAUGCAAUACCGAGGUCUACUCGGAGAAAGCCUUAUCCACGUACUGAUCAUCUGUGACACCAAGAUGCACACCAAGUUAGCUCGAUUGUUACUCCGCGUCUUUCCGGAACUCUCGAUCGACGUAAUGGAGGGCGAGGAGUAUUUGGGCGCGAGCGCUCUGCACCUGGCGAUAGCGUAUAGCAACAACGAGCUGGUGGGCGAUUUGAUUGAUGCGGGAGCUGAUGUUUCGCAGAGAGCUAUUGGGAGGUUCUUUUUGCCGAAAGAUCAACAAGGGUUGAAACCGGUCAAGUCCACGGAUUACGAGGGACUGGCGUAUUUGGGCGAGUACCCACUAGCUUGGGCUGCUUGCUGUGCGAAUGAGUCGGUUUAUAACUUGCUUUUGGAGUGUGGUGCCGAUCCAAAUGCGCAGGAUACCUUUGGGAACAUGAUCCUGCAUAUGGUGGUCGUUGGAGAUAAGUUGGAUAUGUUCGGGUAUGCGUUGAGACAUCCGAAGUUGCCGUGCAAGAACGGUAUCGUAAAUGAAGCUGGAUUGACCCCGUUGACGUUGGCUUGUCGGUUGGGUCGUGACGAGGUGUUUAGGGAGAUGUUGGAAUUGUCAGCGAGGGAGUUUUGGCGGUAUAGUAAUAUCACUUGUUCUGGGUAUCCGUUGAAUGCCUUAGAUACGCUGAUGCCGGAUGGAUCGACGAAUUGGAAUUCGGCGCUGUUUAUUAUCUUGAACGGAACAAAGGAGGAGCAUUUGAACAUGUUGGAUGGUGGUAUUGUGGAGCGAUUGUUGGACGAAAAGUGGAAGACCUUUGCGUUGAAUCAGUUCAUUAAGCGGUUGUUGAUUUUGGCGUUGCAUUUGUUUUGUUUGUCGUGUGCGAUCUAUUUGAGAGCACCGAGACCGUACGAGCAAGAAGAUGCGGAUGAGGGAGAUGAUGAUGGUGAUGCCUCGACUAAGGCUAAACGUGAAACUUCUGAUGGUGAUGGCGAAGAUGAUGGGAUCGACUUCACGACUUGGUGUCGGUAUGGGUUCGAGAUCGCUACCGUGAUGGGAGUGUUGAGUUACGUCGUGGUUCAACAGGGUGACGAGAUCAAGAAUCAAGGAUUCGUAUCGUUCAUGAAGUCACUGGCAAGCGCACCAGCUAAAGCGAUCUUCCUGGUGUCGAACUUGUUGAUCUUGAUCUGCAUACCUUUGAGAAUGAUCGGCGAUACGCAAACGGAGGAAGCACUGCUACUAUUCGCCGUUCCCGGAAGCUGGUUCCUGUUGAUGUUCUUCGCUGGCGCCAUAGGCUUAACGGGUCCAUUCGUAACCAUGAUCUUCUCCAUGAUAACGGGUGACAUGUUCACGUUCGGAAUCAUCUACACCAUCGUGCUGUUUGGAUUUUCCCAAGCGUUCUUCUUUCUGUACAAGGGACAUCCGAACGCCGAGGAUAGUCCGUUCGGGAGCUACUUCGGAACCUGGAUGGGUCUGUUCCAAGUCACCCUAGGCGAUUACGAUUACGCAGAUCUCAACAAUACAACCUACCCGAAUCUGGCUAAAACGGUAUUCAUCACGUUCAUGAUCUUCGUGCCCAUUCUGCUGCUUAACAUGUUGAUCGCUAUGAUGGGUAACACCUAUGCGUACGUCAUUGAGCAGGCCGAGAAGGAGGGUAUGAAGCAAUGGGCUAAGAUUGUGGUCAACCUGGAACGAGCCGUCAAGCAGGAAGAUCUGAAGAAAUAUCUGGAAGAGUACUCGAUUGGAUUGGGACCAUCGGAUGAUCCUCGGUACGAGAUUCGUGGAGUUAUGGUUAUCAAAAGUAAGAGUAAGACCAGGGCUCGUCAGCGAAAAGGUGCCGUCAGCAAUUGGAAGAGUGUAUUGAGGGUUACCUUGGGUGAGUUGAAGAAACGUAACAUGACUGGUGAAGAGCUGCGACGAAUCAUGUGGGGUCGAUCCUCGAUCACGUCACCGGCUAAAAUCUCCAAAAAGAAGAAGGGUUAUGAGGUGGAGGACCCAUUUGCCAUAACUGCUGCAAUCGAUGUGAUGUCCUUCACCCAGGACAUCGUGAUGGUAAGCACUGAGCCGGUUGACCCCUUCGCUCCGCUGACCAUCGACCCAACUAAACCGGCCACAGUCCCUCCAAAACCAACAACCGGAGUCCCUCAAACCCCCGCUUCCAUCCCAUCUAAAAUCCCAGAAAUUCCUCCGCAACCACCUCUGGUCAAGCGUCAAUCCGUGGUCAGUGCUCCUCCGGCCUACGACGACUUCCCCCCGAUGAAAGACUACAAGGAUCCGCUGCGGGAGCUGGUCAUCAUUUCCGAAUCGACCUCGGUCGAUGAACACUUCGCUCAAAACUGUCGGACCCUCGCCAACGAUGCGUCCACGCUGGACCACGUGUACGAAAUCGAUCUGACCAGGCAGAGCCAGCUCCGGCAGGCGGAAUUUCAGCAACAACAGCUGGAGCAACAGAAACAGCAGCCUGCGGGUCCGAUAAAUCCCUUCCUGGACGCGAAGGAUGUCGUCGAUCCGGUCAAGGAGCGAGAGUUUCUCAAAACCCUGGAAGCCCUCGAAGAUACGGAUAGCGAAGCGGCCGAAAAGCCUGUACUUGGUAAAAUUUCUCUAAUCCGGCGAGCCAAAUCGGCCGUUUCGCGGACCACCUCCAGGAAGAAGAAGACGGACCAACAUCCGCUGUUUAUGAUUGCUUGGGAUGACCGGAAUUUGGGCGCUGGUGCCGGUAAGACGGUUUCCGGUGCCGAUGCCAAAAUCCCCGAUGACUUCGGGGCACUGAACACGGCUUACGAUUACAGCGCUGAGGAUCUGAAGCAGGAUGUGGAUGAGGAAGCUCGUGAGGUGGUUGAGGACGAAGCUGGCGACGAGGGUGUCACUACAGUUGAGGAAGUUCAUCGUCGGAUGGAGCAGUUGCAUGCCCGGGGAAGGAUUUCUUGCGAGCGGGACAGCAAUUCGACCGAGAGUAGCAAACGCAGUAACAACCAAAAGAAGCGUCACGGAGUGGGUCGGGGUAGGAACAAUAAGGUUUCACCGGAUACUUCGAACGAGAGUGGUUCGAUCAAGAAGGACAGGCGAAUGAAGUCGGCUCCGACGGCUAGUGGUGAAGGUGGAGGUGAAAGUAGUCGACCACGGCAUCGGCAGAUGAUGCACGAGCAUGAGUCGGGACGGGCUUCGCCUCCGGAUCCCUUGGAACCGUGGAGCACCAAGGAUAUAGUUAACAUUAACAAACUCCUGGAUACGGACACGCAGGAGGAGUAAAGUUAGUUCACUUAAGAAGUUUUCAGCACACUCUAGUUGGUAGCAUUUGUUUAUAAAAUAUUGCAAGAAUUUGAUAUAACCACCUCGAGUUUCGACUUGCCUUAUAAAUUAAAUUCACCAUGAGAGGAGAUAUUUCGUCGAUUGAGCCCAUUCAUUCAAAAGAUUCUUGGUUUUAGAUCAACAUAAAAUUUUUCUACGGUCAAUUACAAAAUAUCGCAGAACUGACUUUCGAUCGUAAACGCUAACUACUGAAGACCGUUGUGGUAUAUGCGGUGAUUUUCAGUUUCUGGAUUGUAACCAUUAAAAGUUUGAGAUUUCUAGAAAUGGCUCUUCAUUACUUUCCAAAGUUGCCGACAUCACAGAAAAAUCAAUAAUUUCAGAGAAUGUUGUGCAAAUUUUCAUUACAAAAUCUGUAUCACAAGACACAGAAUUUUGGAGAUAUUCACAUUUUUUUUUAAAUUGUUUACGUAUCUCCAAAGUUAUAAUUUUUAUGUCAUAACUUAAACUUGGGAUUUCUAACUUUUUAUUGGAAAAUCAUGAUUGCUAAUUUUAAUUGCUUUUUCUCAUGUAAAAUGUAAAAAAGAUUGAAUUCUACAUGACUUAUGUAAAUGAAAUUAAUCCAUCACAGAAAACCAUCACGAAAUUUCUGGGUUAAAUCACAGAAAGUUAGAAUUGGGAGUCAUACAGUUGAAGGCCCUGGUUUUUCAGUCCAUAGGGUGUCACACUAAGAGGAAUAGCUUCCAGUAGCGUAGGACAAUCGAUUAGCAAUGUCAGUAGAUCGGCGACGAAAGAGGCUCGUGUUGCAUUUCUUCGGGCUUGAAGAGUGUCCAUUCAUGUUUAUGAGACGACAUCGAUGUUCGUAGCUCGACAGAUGAAACACUAAACAGCUGAUGCGUAUUCGAGGAUGGAUCGAACUAUGCUGCAAUAGGGCUUUACAGGCAGUACACGUCCUUGAAAUCUUCUUCUUGCUUCUAGAGGCUUUGAACUUCAGCUUACGAUCGAGUAUUACGCCCAAUUCAUUGAUGUGGUUCAUCCGCGCGAUGGACUCAUCUCCUAGGAAGUAUUCCGUGUAAAAAGACUACCGUCUUCGUGAGAAACUGAUGACUGCACAUUCACUGAGAUAAAUAAAAGGCGAACCCGAAAUUACGCAUUUUCGCUUGAUGUCCUCCAUCAAAGUCUUUAUAGUGCUAUCCGUUACCAGUUUUUCAGUUUUUUUUUCCAUUUUCUUAACAUGCCCAUCUCGUCUUUGACUGUCUUCUUGCCGUAUCGAAGUUCCCGCUUCAUUAUGCCCAGUACUGCUCCACCGAGCGCAGCCCCGGACAGUUUGGCGGGUUCAUGUCCUUUGGAACAAAAUGGACAGAAUUGGCCUCAUACCACUCCAGGGCACGUUUGGAAUAGUGGCAUGAUGUCAAAUCUGGCCAGAAUAGCGGAGCUCGUGCUCGUGCUGCUGCAAGAACGGCAAAAGGCGCUUCUCGAGGCACUCAGAUUUGUAGAUCUCGCCAUUUACUGUGCCCUUUGUCACGAAAGACUCACUCCUCAAGAGCAGAUGGCCUGCCAAACGAGAUAUUUGGAGGCGGACUUCGACAUUUUCUUCUUCUUAAUUUUUCUUCAACCCCGGAAUUAGCUUAGAGUCGGCUUUUAUAUACGUUUCGUCGUCCAUCACACAACAACCAUAUUUUGUCAGCAUCUUCUCGUAGAGCUUCUGUGCCCGAGUUUUAGCCGUCGAUUGUCGCCGCUCAUCGAGUUCUCUACCUUGUAUGAAUGUAGUCCAGCUCUCUUCUUUGCAUUCUGGACUCUGGAGCUCUGCGACAUACCGAUUUUUUUUAGCCAAAUCACGGCUUGAGAUGUUGGGAUUUGCUUUAAUCAUCCGCUUCAUCUUUUUCUCCGUCGUUUUGUUCUCCGGUCCCGGUUUUUUCCAACUCCUUUGCCGUGGUCCAAUGUCAACCGCUUCUGGAACCGCUUCAACACUCUGGAGACUAUUGAAUGUUCAACAUUUUUCCCAACUGCCGGUGCGACAGGUCAGGAAAUUCCAGGUGUUUGGAAAGAAUUUGUUCUCUCGACUCGCGUUGGUUCACCUCGAUUUUCGUUGAAUCGAAAAACACGACUUCGAGUUUGACAGCUUGUAAACAAUACAUAUCAAUGAGAAAGUGUGCAAAAUUUAGUGGAUUUUUAGUUAUGCCCUGUUGAAUGUGUUGAAUGUGAGUGUCCCCUUUGGGGACACAAACUGCGCUACUAAGCAUGACACUAAGCGGCUCAAGGCGGUUCAAAACGCAUUUGCCACCCUUUCGUCUAUCAGUCUAGGAUCGCUACUCAUUCCGUGUGUUUCAGCAGUGCAUUAAAAACCUAUUUCUUGGCGCCUUUUUCUGGUCUGAAUAUCUUCGAAGUAAUGCUGGAAAGAACUCUGAUGUUGUUGUCUUGAGCCAGCGUAGAAUUGGGCAUAAUCUUCGUUCAUACGGCCUCAGUUAUUGCGCAAAAUCCGGCUGCAAUCUAUACACUCACCAUUGACUGUUAAGUUUUCAAGUUAUUUCUAUGGUAAGAGCUUGUGCUGUGUGCGUUGCUUUUGACAGGCUUACACCCAGGGUUUGUGAGGCGGCUUACGUAGCUCAGGGACUCUCAACGGAACACGACCAGUCAGUUCCUAAGUGACCAGCUACGUUCUGUACCUAAAUAAAAGUUUUAAUCGCUGUAACAGAAACUAAAUCGGGCUGAUUGUCAACGGGUAAUUACAGCUGUAGCCCCUGGGUUAGCGGAAGAUUAUCAACCGUCUGUCGAGGAAACUAUACGAUUAGCACCAAUACACAGUUUUCAGCAAGAUCCUUUUUCAAGUGCCGCAUCGAGUUUUUUUUUCUAUCAUGAUCACGCUUAUAAUUAUUUUGUGGCCCAGGACAUGUAAUUGUAGUUCGAGUCAAAGGAAUUACGAUUUUAGUAGCUUAUUGGUCAGUUCACUAAUUCCUUCUGAAGUUCGGGUGUCAACCUCGACACUGAAGUGACUAAUUCAUGACGCCCUUGCAAGACUUCUUACAUCGCGAAAGGACUUUUUACCUCCUCUGGGUGUGUUCUUAUUGCAACAGAGACAGAACUCCUCUUUCAGAAGAACUGGGAUGGGCAUAACCCUAAGCCACUACUCGCUUCAAAGAUAUCCAAUAUCCGCUGAUAAUCCACAUAGCCACACACUGCUAAGUUGCUGUAGUUAACAAUGUUCGAUCAGGACCCACUAGUUAGCCCGCUCAUCCGUAUCGAAGGUUUGGUAAGGUUACCAAUAAUACCUUUUCUUUUGCUGAUUGUCGGGGUGAUAUCAGAUUGGUGAUCAGCACUAUUUCGGUUUUGUGGUGGGCCAGACGAAGGCUCCAGUUCUUCACUAUCUUAAUCGCUAAGGUGCUGGCUGAAUCGCCUUGGUAGAUAAUAACUCGCGCCCGUCAUAGCAUCCACUCCCGUAGGACUUCUAACCACCAAGGCAUGGCCGAUUGAGAAACUACCAAGCUAGAAUGCCGUCACGACCACCUCGGAUGGUUUCUCCGUUUCCUUUUGCUGCAGGAAAGAUCGUAGCUUAGUACGUGAGACCUUUGAAGCCCCACCACACGUAUACACUCAGAAAAAUACUAUUAUGUAUGCCAUAAGAUUCUCUUAUGAAGUGGCGCCAUAAGAAAAAUUAAUGAAAUUCAUAAGAUUGUCUUAUGACGCGAAUGAACUCUGAAGAUGAACGCCUACUUCAAUGAGAGGUUGUUGCUUUUCAUAAGAGAUUCUUAUGGAAACAGUAAAUCACUUUCUAAUAAGAAAAAUUCUCGAUAUUUCAUGCUGAAAACAUUCACUUUAUUGUUUGCCAAAUUUGUUUAAAAUUAAAUCCUUCAUGGUCACCAUCAGCAGCGCAUCAACAGACAGCUCCAUCAAAUUUUUUUUUGCCGCAUUUUAAUCUUCGACCUUUCGUUUUUUGCCGAUCAGCUUGCUGAAAAGUAAACAAAUAAUGCAUUUUAGUUUACUAAUAUAUUCAACGUUCACACCAAAAACAUCAAAUCGAACUUACCAUUCCGGAGAUAACAAUAACAUUUAACAUUGAAGGAAAACUAUAAUAACUAUGAACUGGCGAUUGCUUCGUACUGUUAGAUAAUGAAAAAAAAAACUGAUGCUAUGAAUGAAUGUGUUCAUAAUUUUUUCACAAUGCCGUUUCUUCUAUUUUUCAUAAGAACAUCGUAUGGAAAUUGAAAGAAUUUCAAAAGACUCUUAUGAAAAAUUAGUUUGGACGCAAAAAAGUGGUUCAUAAGAUGUAUCUUAUGAAAUUUAUAAUAAAAUUUCCUCUGAGUGUAAGAUAAGGGUUAUUCCGCGCCCUGAGAUCGCGUUGCUUUUGAAUAGUGGUGUUAUCGCUUCCUUUAGCUUGUCAAGUUAGGUUGACUAUCUCGCUCUCUCCGUUCAUCAUCUUUCCUGAUUCGUAAUGAUCGCGCAUGAUUUGCAAGGUUUCGUCACCUUUAGCACGCCACAACCGUUCGUCACGACACAUUUCACUCACAACAUUUUCAGCGUACAAACUUUGUAGUUGAUGACGACUUGAAUCGCACCAGGGGCAGAAAAAGAUCAAAUGUUCUGCUGAUUCCUCCGUAUCUACGCAAUCCGGGCUAAGGCGAUAAGCUUAAACCGAUGAAGGUUUUGCUUAAAGCACCCAUGACCCGAAAGGAACUGCGUCAGGUAAAAGCAGACCUCUCCAUACAUCCGAUUUACCCAGUCUGGAAGUCGCGGGAUUAGCAUAUGCGUUGUCCGAUGCGUCCUAUUGCUCCAGCCACUUGUGCAUUGAAACUACUCGUUGAGCUUUAGCACUGCUUUGACAGCUCCUCUGCUGGAAAUAAUGUCCACAAUGACAAAAGCUGCGUGUAAUGACAAUGCACAGGAAAGUUCGUAUGUGCUCCGUAAUAUGGAUCUGUUGCGCUCUACGUCUAUGGCGGAAAUCCAGAUCGUUCCUCCGUAUCGUAAUUUCGAUAGCGCUACGCUUGCAAGGAGACGUCUCUUGCUACUUUUUGGACCAUGGCAGUUCGGCAUAAUCCAGGCCAAUGAAUCGAUUACUUUCGAUGCACUUUCACAACAGUAUUUUACAUGCGCACCAAAACUUAAGCGAUUGCCGACCAUUACUCCAAGGUAUUUCAGCUGCUGUUUCGAAGAUGUCGUGUGUCCUCCAACAGUAAUAUCCAUGUGCGGCACAACUAUUUUGUUGGUUACGAGCAGAACUUCGGUUUUAUGGUGACCUAUCUGAAGCUCAACUCCCUCCAUCCAGAUGCCAACCCUUUCUACGGACACCGUUGAAAGGUCUUCAACUUCCUCGAUUGUUCCGCCGGUGAUCGUGGGCGUCAGCAAAUCCGACUAUCUGCACGCCUGUUUCGGUAGUUUCAUCGUUAACAUUUCAUUAUACAUGGCAUUCCAAAGAACAGGUCUGAGCAUGGAACCCUGUGGAACACCCGCUGUUAGUGCAGUAGAUCGUAGCCCAGUUUCGGUUUCGUACGUCAGGACUCGAUUAUCGAAGAAGAUUCCUAUUAUCCUGCAGAGGGUGUUGGGAACACGCAUCCUUUGAAGCACGCAAGCCAUUGUCGAACACAUUUUUCACGUCGACCGUCACAAUAAUUGCGCAGUGUCGUUUCUUUUGAUAGGCGCGCUUCGCGUACUCUGUCACCAUUCGGAUGGCGUCCACCGUAGAUCUCCCUUUCCGAAAACCGAACUUUCCGCUACAUCACUUUGGCCUUCCAUGUAGAUAAUAAGUCUGUUGAAUAUUAUCCUCUCCAGUAGCUCAUCAAGGGUGUCCAGUAGACAAAUAGAUCUAUACGUUGAUGGAUGCCCUGGUGGUUUCCCAGGUUUCGGUAGUAGCACAAACUUUGCCGUUAUCCACGGAUUGGGAAAAGAUUCCUCGUUGCGACACUUUUGUAGCACCACUCGGAAAGUAUCCGGAAUGGUCUGUACCGCCAUUUUCAGCACUGCAUUUGGGAUUCCGUCCGCACCAGGGGCCUUAUUAACCGCAAGUUUUCUUAGCGAUAGCCACAAGUUCCUCGUUCGGUACUGGCUCGAUGUCGUGGGCUCCUGCGCCCCAACCGUAGCUGAGUGUGCAAUGUAAGGUGAUCCUGAACAGGGUCGUCCCCCAUAUGAGACUCCAAAUGGAUCAGUAAGGUGAUCCGACGAACUUAACUCUUAUAAAAACCCUUGCAGAAACCAACGUAAAUGGUUUAACAUAAUUCAGCAUAUUGUAUUAUCAUUCCAAAACCUUAGGCGAGGAAAAAUCAAAAUAAACAGCAGAGUAUGGAAGAAGGUUUGUAGUCUUCUGCUUUUUGAAUUCGAAAUUUAAAUCAGUACGAAAUAUAUUUAAAAAUAAAAUCGACUCUAUACAGACCGAAACUAACGAUAUAAGGAACCGUUAGCUGAUGUCAACGUUAAAUUUUUACAGCUAGUAACGUUUCAUGUUGAACUCAACCUAACUAACUAUUAUCAGUAAAUGUGAUAGUUUCACAUACGCACAGAAAAAAACCAAAUAAAAUUUACAUUGUUGCAC